AUGCUCGGAAGUUUGCGCAACAAGCCACGGUGUUUGGCGGCAGUUUUGUUCCUACUCGUCUAUUCCAGUGCUGAUGCUUGCAUAAGUUUUAAUAUUGCGCCUGAUCCAACUUGGCUCAUACCAGGCAUUGCAACAUUUGAAGCACCGUAUGGUGGCCAAGUCCGUUUUAAGCCACUAGCCAACGGAAAUAUCCAAAUUAACGGAUCAGUUACGGGACUUCCACCGAACAAGACACUUGGGGUCCAUGUACACGAAAAUGGGGAUUUGAACAACGGCUGUCAGAACGUCGGUUCACAUUGGAGUCUUUCAGAACAAACACAUGGAGAUGUGGGAGCUAAAUAUCGACAUGCUGGCGAUCUCGGCAAUUUGAAGACAGAUGACCAGGGUGUGAUGCAUUUCGACCUGGUCUAUUGGCCUUUUGAGGACGACCCGUCGCGAGGUUUCAUCGGUCUGGCGCUUGUCAUCAAGGAUCGGGUGGACGAUCUUGGCGUGGGUCUUAAUCCACUGAGUUCGACAACCGGGAAUUCCGGAGAACCUUUGACU